GACCUGUCUGUGAAGGCUACACGGGGGAGCUUUGUCUUUGUCUCUAUAGUCCAGUCACUGCAGGAAGUGGCGAGGUCAGUGCCGCUGCGCUCGUCACAGCGGCAGCCCGCGGAACUCGACGUCGCGGACUGCACCGACUCCUCUGUACUAGUUAGGGGCUGUACUAGUUACACGAUGUACUAGUUACACGCUGUACUAGUUACACGAUGUACUAGUUACACGCUGUACUAGUUACAUGCUGUACUAGUUAGGGGUUGUACUAGUUACACGAUGUACUAGUUACACGCUGCACUAGUUAGGGGCUAUACUAGUUACACGAUGUACUAGUUACACGAUGUACUAGUUAGGGGCUGUACUAGUGUACUAGUUACACGCUGCACUAGUUACACGCUGUACUAGUUACACGCUGUACUAGUUAGGGGUUGUACUAGUUACAUGCUGUACUAGUUACACGCUGUACUAGUUACACGCUGUACUAGUUACGGGCUGUACUAGUUACACGCUGUACUAGUUAGGGGUUGUACUAGUUACACGCUGUACCAGUUACACGCUGUACUAGUUACACGCUGCACUAGUUAGGGGCUGUACUAGUUACAGGCUGUACUAGUUAGGGGCUGUACUAGUUACAGGCUGUACUAGUUACACGCUGUACUAGUUACACGCUGUACUAGUUAGGGGUUGUACUAGUUACAUGCUGUACUAGUUACACGAUGUACUAGUUACGAGCUGUACUAGUUACAUGCUGUACUAGUUAGGGGCUGUACUAGUUACACGGUGUACUAGUUACACGAUGUACUAGUUAUACGGUGUACUAGUUACAGGUUGUACUAGUUACACGCUGUACUAGUUACACGCUGUACUAGUUAGGGGCUGUACUAGUUACACGCUGUACUAGUUACACGCUGUACUAGUUACAGGCUGCACUGUACCCGCAUCAGCUGAUCCAAGUUCCGCUGCUGUCUCAGCUGUCUCGAUCAAGAUCGCCACAGCAGUCCCGAGAAGACACCACCGUGGAAUUAUAGCUCGGGUUCCAGCCGAUGUCACCGGUAACGGCAGCGGUAGCAGCGGCCACGUGAGUCGUCGUAGUAGCUGCCAAGCGAGUUGCGGCAAUGUUGAGUAGCCUCCAGGAGCACGUGUCUCGGAUGGCCGCGCAGUAUCUGCACCGGAGCGGCACGCGGAGCCCGCGAGCCGGGACUGGAGUCGAACCGGGACCUGGUGACAGAGCGGAACCCGGCCGGGAAGGAAAGCCGGCGGGUCAGGGGUUGCGAGACCAGAGCCGGCCCGACUGUGAAGCGCUGCCGCAGCGCUACCCGUCAAGCCGGCCUGCCUUCGUGCUGUCCACGGAGCAGCAGCAGGACCCACAGCGGCAGCAGCGCAGGACGCGGCAGGAGGGAGAGGAGGAGACGCAGCAGGUCGAGCUGUGGAAGGCGCUGCGGCGGCAACGACAGCAGCAGCAGGCGGAGGAGCAGUGCCAGCACUUGGGGGGGCAGAGGCAGGAGAGGCAGCAGGAGGAGCAAGAACAGCAACCUCCACACGGAGAGCAGCAACGGGAGCUACACGAGCAGCAGCAACAGCAGCAGCAGCAGGAAACGCAGCCGGACGGUUGCUCGGUGGUGCGGGCUGUGCGCCCCGGUGCGGCGGGUUUGCCGUGGGGGUGCGGCUAUGCUGAGGCCACGAACCACAACAAGAGCCGGUGCAACGAGGACCAGGCAGCCUGCCUCAUGCUGCCACUGGAGUGGCCCCCCACAGCCUGCACGGACGGACCCCUGCACACAUCGUCACAGCUGGGGAGCCAGGCAGCCGCUGGCGUGGUCACGGCUCUCCUAGACAAGGCUGAGGCUCUCUUGCCACCGGGCCGUGUCUGCCACCAACCUCCUGACGCCGAGCUCCUCCUGCACGAGGACUUCGAGAUGGUCUCCCACGACGCUCUGGGGAGCGGCGUGGACCGCCAUUCUAAAACUCCCAGGAACAUUUCGAACGAGGACGUGGAGAACUCUGGAACUGUGGUUUUGGAAAAUCGCAGAGGUGCAGCAGUGAGCUCAUUCACAGGCGCAGUCGGGGAGGCGCUGCCCUACUGGGCGCUAUUUGACGGGCACGGCGGUCCGGCCGUGGCCCUCACCGCGGCCCACACGCUGCACAACCUCCUGGGCCGAGCGCUGCAGAAGGUGGCGCCGGUCCUGGCGGCCGAGGGCCCCGCGCCGUUUGUCAUCGCCGCGCCCAACGCGCCGCAGGCGCCGGCCGAGCCCGCGCGCCCGCGGCAAGGGCGCGCCGUGUCGCGCGGCGAGAUCGUCGUGGGCGCCAUCGAGAGCGCCUUCCUCGAGAUGGACCGACAGAUCGAGAGGGAGCGCGUGUCGUUCGACCUGCGCGGUGGCUGCACUGCGAUGGCGGCGCUGUGUGCACUGGGCCACCUUUACGUGGCCAAUGCUGGGGACAGCCGGGCUAUCAUCGUGAGGGCCAGGGACGUCAUCCCCAUGUCGCAUGAAUUCACUCCCACGACAGAGAGGCAGCGGCUGCAACGGCUGGCGAGUGAGCGCCCCGAGCUGCUGAAGGAGAUCUUCACGCCGCUGGAGUUUGGGUGCCGGGUGCUACGCCGUGACCUUGGCAUGAGGGUCCUCUACCGCUCUCAUCACAUGACCGGCUGGGGCUAUAAGACCGCUACUGAGGAGGACCUGCGCUUCCCGCUCAUCAGCGGCAUGGGGAAACAGGCUCGGCUAUUCAGCACGAUCGGCGUGACGCGGGGCUUUGGGAACCACGACCUCAUGGUGCACGACACGGACAUCUGCAUCAAACCCUUCCUGAGCAGCACUCCGGAGGUGAUGGUGCACAAGCUGUGGCAGGGUGGCCCCGGAGAUGAGGAGGACGACGACGAGGUGCUGGUGAUGGGCACGGACGGGCUGUGGGACGUGCUCGGCGUGGACGAGGUGGCGUCACACGUCCGCUCCGUGCUCAAGGCGUCGCGGCCGCACGACCCCGGCAGGUUCACGAGGGCGGCUGUGGCUCUCGUGCGUUUGGCCACGCGGCCCCAGGGAUCCCCGGACGACGUCUCCGUGUUCGUCAUUCCCCUGCGCCCCCCUCGCCUCGCGUGCAGCCGGCCAGGGCCCCCCAGCCCAGGCCCCCCAACCCGAGCCCUCCAGCCUGAACAGGGAGGACUGCCAAGCUGAAGCCUCGUGGUGAUAGCGGUGGUGAUGGUGGUGGCCAGCAGCGGAUCCAAGAGGCGUGGGGCUGAUAGGGGCGUCCGCCCCCCCCGCUUGGGUCCCGAUAAUUGGCAUUGUAUUUACCAUGGAGAAUACAUUGAAUAUUUUUUUAUUAUGAAUGUAGGGGGCCCUGUGUGAAGAGCUUCCGGUUCCAGGGACCCCCACCACCACGGGAAUGUUUAUAAAUCUCUGGCCGUGGCCGUGGUAGUGACGAUGAUAAUGUGAACUUAAAACUUCGAUUUUCGUAGCCAGUACCAAGAUAUGCGUGCUGGUGCGUGGUUGUUCUCUGAUGUCGUGAUGGUGCUUGUGACUACUGUCACGGUGGUGGUGGCGGCCCGCGCUAUGAUUGAAUUGUGCCACCACUUGCUGGCAGGGAUUGGUGGAUCACAAGGGCAUGGUAGUCCUGCAUUUGCAGUUCUAUGUUGGGGUAAACGCAUGGCAUUAAUGCGUUGGUGUAAAUCCAAUUGCCAAGGCAGGUUCCUGAAACUUGCACGAUUGCUCCACGUUUCUAUUUGUGAUUAGAUUACUUGGCAUGUGCCACUUGAUUCGUUUGUACGCGAUUUAAUGAUUAUAUUAUGAAGGGAGAAAGCACGGGCGUUGGGCGGCAGCGAGGGGUUGAGUCCCGCGGGACGCGCGGAGCUCGGCACGCGGCCGCAGUCGCAGCGUUUCCAGCUGUCGAGUCAAGUGGCGGCGUAGGCCGCACGACGUCGCCUCGGGCGACUGCACCCUCCUCCCCGAAACCUCGCGACAUCGGCAAUCGAGCCACGAUCACCACUCGGGGAGGUAACGCGACGCUGGAGCCGCGUCGACGGUGCUGCGCGAGACCCCAGCUGCCGCUGCCUGAAGGAGGCAGUGCAGAAAGUAGGUUGUCUGACGAGGCUGUCCGGGGGGCCGAGUUUGAAUGUUCUCGUGUACGUGAGUGCUUUGUCCGCACGUUCCAGCUUCCUCACGGAGAACAACAACAACAACAACAACGAGAGAGAAUGCUGGGAAACUAUCGGAGCUGAAAAUUUCAACGGCCGAGCUCUGUUGAGUUCUGGAGACUCGCAGAGAGGUUUUCCUGUGUAAAGAGUUCAAUUUCACAUUACUCCUUCGUGUCCAAUCCGCAAUAAUUCCGCGCAAUGUGCUGACUGCCGCAAAUCCGCGUCGCCCCAGCUAUCCAUUGAAGUUGCCACGGGAUUUAAAAGUCAACUGCGAUUACGCAUAACCUGGCUGUACUGUUAGGGGCUGUUUGAGGCUUAAACCCGUGACUCCGGUGGUUCUGGUUCAGUGCCUGAGCUUGGGCAGCCGCCAAAGACAUGAGGCCGAGGGGGGGGUGCUGAAAUCCCGAGCACAGAGCAUUCCGUGCUCGGUUUGGUGAAGGUGUGCAGGUCAGGAGGACUGUGUAAACUUACGCCACUUAAGUUAACGCGAACCAGGAUUCAAACUCAGAUCGCGUUAUUUAUAAAUGUGUCAUAACCCUCCACCACCCGACACGGCCAAUCAGCAAAAAAGUGUC